AUGACCAACCCACUCUCCGGAUUUUCGAAAUCCACAACAAGCCCUCCUUCGUUCGGAUCAGAACAACUCCAUCAUGACCUUUUCCAAUCCAAACUUAAACUACACCAACUCCAGAAAUUCAAACAACAACUAGAUACCAGACGCAAAAACCCAUUAGCUAAUCCCUCAGAACUUGAAGCAGAAGAGCGGGCAUAUGCUCAAGAGUUUGAACGUAUAAGAUGUGAAAUUGUAGAAGCUUCAGCUUUAGCUGACAAAAACUUUGAACAAGCACGGGCUGCUCGACAAGAACAAAAAAAAAAACAAAAAAGACAAUUAAAUCGCACUCGUUCUGCAUCUUUAGGAAAUAUCCCUGAUGAAAUGCUUACAGAUUCUAGUUUUUUUGAUACCACAAAUGCACAAUCCCUUUCAGAAAUUGAACGAGAAUUCCACGAAACUGAAAAAAGAUUAUACAAUAGUAAUAACAAUAACAAUAAUGGCAAUAAUAAUGGCAACAAUCGACCAGUAAUACCUCCAAGUAGAUUCAGAAAUGAAAAUCAAUCACCAUCGCCAAUAUCAAGAAAUAGUUAUUCGCAUGAUCCUAUUUUAAGCAGACCAAGUUCUGCACCUAUUCCAGUACAGCAACAGCAUCAUCACCACUCGCAUGACAAUGAGGAAAUCAUGUCGCUUAAUUACCAACUACAAGAAAUGCAAAUUUUGCUGCAACAACGAAACAAUCAUAUUGAAUCACUUAAUAGAGAAAACCAGCGGUUAAACGAAGUGAUUGCUAAGCAACAGCAACAGCAACAGCUACAGCAACAGCAACAACAACAGAAACUGCAUAAACAAGAACUACAUCAAGAACUACAACAGGAACAACAACAACAACCACAAAUAAAUAAUAGACCAUUGGACGACGAUGAAGAUAGAGAUCCAGAAGAUGACUAUGCCAUUUUGAAAAAUCUUAUAACUCACUUAACUAGAAUAUCAGGAACUCUUGGUGCACGAUAUAAACUUCCAGUAAGCAUUACGCGCGCAAUAGACUAUGCAGUCGAAGGUCUCGAGCAAUUAUCACAAGGAAGGCAGAUUGACAAAGCCUAUGUACGGCGGCUACGUAGCAUCACACGCAGCAGCAAUGUAUACUACGACAAGGCUGAUAAUAACAAUUUCGAAGACUCGCAAGACUCUGAAGAACGACUCCGAGUUGCAGAGACUGUGGCAUCCGAAGCAGCUGCCGAACUGGCACGACAACAACAAGCAGUCGCUCAGCGGACUGCACAACUGGUUGAAAUGCGCCGCGCGCUGGCCGAUUAUUACCUUACAGUACUUGUACAAAGCUCUCGCAUCAUUGACUACGAUUGCGUGGCGGCAUACCUACGUGCAGAACUGGCGGGGUACCGUGCGCGUGCACAUAGACAAGCAGAGGUGCUGAGCGCCGCACUAGCUGGCACGCGGGCUGGCGAACUGAUUAACCGGAAAAUGAUGAUGAUGAAUAAAACAACGACUACGACUACGACUACGACUACGACUAUGACGAAAAAACAAGGAACUAAUGGAUGCGGAGCUGGUAGCAGAGCAAUGGUUAUGGGGUACGAAUCGCGGAAAGAAAAAAUAGUAAGAAUGCGGGCCAAAUUCCUGGCACUGGCAUACAUGGUGCUGGCUGCGGUGCGGAUGCGAGAGCGUGCACGGACAGCAAGAGCAGUACGGCAUGAGGUCCAGCGAUGGGCAUUGUCGGAUAUACCAAUUGGUAGCAAUGAUGGCACCACUUUGGUGGGGCCGACAAGUGAAACACGCAUGGCACAGACGCAAAUGCCGGUGGUUUCGCGUGAAGCUGCGCGGUUACAGGCUGAAAGCAGACGCAGAGAACCUGUACCAACCAAAAAUAAUGGAGGACUGUUGCGGCCCACUGUGCAAUCUGUCAAUGGAUUCUCACAGAAUAGACAUGUGGUUGCGCGAGGAGGGACAUCUUCGUCUACGGUUUCUACUGAAAAGGAUCGUAUUUUACGGUACUAUUGA